GCUGAAUGUGAGAAGUGGUUCAGACAAAAUGUGUUUGAGGACGAUUUGUGCGAUGAUAGAGAGAUAGGUGUUGAGCCUCGAGGCGUCCAUCGCCUGACCUAUGCGUUUUCAAUGGCGUCGACGGGUGGCAACUCCACGAGUGCAGGCAUUGUGAACGAUGGCAGUAGUGGAGCACAUGGUCAGGCAAACGCCGGCUGUCCCAAAGAUGCCCUUGUUAUGUCAGCAAUUCUCAAAGAGAUGGGUGUUCUGGAAUACGAGCCACAGGUUGUUCGCCAAAUGCUGGAGUUUACAUACAGACACGUAACAACAGUUUUGGAAGAAGCUCGAGUGCUUUCAGACCAUGCCGGCAAGGCGGCAAUUGAUGCACAGGAUGCGAAAGUGGCGGUCAAUAUAGUUGCUGAACAUUCUUUUGUGGGACCACCGCCACGUGAGUUUAUGUUGGAGCUAGCUAAGGAGAAGAAUGAAAAGCCACUGCCGGCCAUUGUCGAAAAGAACGGCCAGAGAUUGCCCGCCGAGCGCUAUUGCCUUCUCGGAAAUAACUUCCAAGUCAAGCAUGUAAAGCCUUCAAAGCAAAAGCAAUCAUGAUGGUGACGCAACGCAAUCUGGUCCGUUCUUGUGUGCGUGCUAGGUGAGUUUGAACUGAUGUGAAUACUGGCUUGUACUCCAUGGUGAUCCAAGGCUUGUACAUCUAGACGCAUGUGCGAUGGUGUAACUCCGCUGCUCCCCUGCUGCCAUGAGGGUGUAGCUCCGCCGUUCCCUCGCUGCCAUGAGGGUGUAGCUCCGCCGUUCCCUCGCUGCCAUGAGGGCAGUGCUCCAGUCACAGUCUUCGUCUACCGGAGAGGAUUCUGGUUGAUGCGCUAUAGCUGCGAGCAAGCUACAGCUGCUGUUACUGCUGCCUUCUGCUACAAUCUACCCAUGCUGGGAGCUGGCAGUGACCAUUAUACUUGGUGCUUGGCUUGGCUUGCAACUGUAGUCCAGUACCUUUGCCUAUCCCGGGCAGGACUUUACCCUGCCAUAGCGGUGGGUCUGCUUUAGAAACGUUGACAAUUGCUCUCGCUGGUGACGUUUAAUUAAGCUCUUGUCCGUUCUCCGCGCCGUGAAAUGAGUGAACCUCUUUCUUUCUUUCUUUUUUCUGCUGAUACUGGAGUGUACGCUAACAUGCCUGCUGUAGACUUCUUCUCUAGUCUGUAGUGCGUACUGCUUAUAUGUACGGCUGUACCUUCUGAUUCAUGAAACCGUCUAGUGGCACGCAACACAUGAAACAUAUAUAUAUUUUUAUUCAAUUUUAGUUCUGUCACAGUGUGCUGCUAUAGGCAUUGCUUCUUACUUUGAUCGCCGCUUGUUCGUGUCCGUUUCGGGAACGAAACCGAGCGGCUGACUACGCUACCCUGUGCCGUGUGGCUGCGUAGUACUCUGUCUUAUAGCAGCCGUGCUCUGUGUGGGCCUUCUUUUGCUACAGAUGUUUGUUUUUAUAGUUGUUGUCUGCUGGUGUACGCACUCUUGAUUCGCAUAGCAGUGCUGUGUUAUUUGAACUUAGCAGCCUAACAUUUCGCUUUCCCAUUGGAUCCGGACCAUUAUGCCUUUUAGCGAUCAUGUGGAAAUUAGGACCCUGGCUACAUAAGGGUUGCUGUCUUCUAUUUGAUUUUUAGUGCGAUUGAUGUCCAUCUAAGCAUGA